CAGAGCGACACGCUCUCGCCACAACACGAACUUCGUUUGGGGAAAGUUCCUCCUUACUGUCUAAUAAAGCCGGGACCGAACUGUCACGCUGACAAAUACCAGUACAUCAAAAUUUUCGUGUUCACUGCAGAACUCCUUCAUCUCAUUUUAAAGACAUGGCCCCGAAAUCCCAAAAUUCCAGUGCGUAAACCGCGAUUUAGACACGCGAGAUAACAUAUCAUACUUGUGAUAACAUUUUACACCUAGGUAAUAAUGUGUUCUGAAGAGUCUGACAAGGCAGCUGUAUACGUUCGAGAUUUGAAAAAGAGGAUAAACAUAGACGAACCACGAUAUGACCAGGAGACUUACGUAGGCAGAGCCAAACAUUUUUUUCUUACCACAAAUCCCUUAAAUCUGUUGGUAUCGAGCAGGAGAUUAGAGGAAGCAAGAUGUCUAGUUACCAAAUACAGAUGCAACGAACCAAUUCCCGAUGACACGACGGUGAACGAACUAUGGAGGGCCAAAAUGCUGUACGAUUCUGCUUUUCACCCCGACACAGGGGAGAAAAUGGUCUUGAUCGGCAGGAUGUCAGCGCAAGUACCUAUGAACGUCAUGAUCACCGGAGGAAUGAUCACCUUCUACAAGAGCACCCCUGCCGUCGUGUUUUGGCAGUGGCUUAACCAGUCCUUCAAUGCUCUGGUCAAUUACACCAACAGAAGUGGCGACGUACAGCAGACAAAUAAGCAGCUAUUUACGUCCUACGUGUGUGCCACUGGUGGUGCUGUUGGUACAGCCCUUUAUCUGAACAGCUUAGUAAAGACAAUGCCGCCAGUUAUUGGACGAUUGGUGCCUUUCGCAGCUGUAGCUGCAGCUAACUGCAUAAACAUUCCCAUGAUGAGAGCGCAAGAACUAAGACACGGUACUCCAGUAUUUGACGAUCAUAACAACAAGCUGGGAUACUCAAAGGUUGCCGCGCAGAGUGGUAUAGGCCAGGUGAUACUAAGCAGAGUGUUUAUGGCACUGCCAGGCAUGGUUGCGGCGCCCGUAGUGAUGGAUUAUUUGGAGAAGAGAGGGACGCUCUGUAGGUAUCCGUGGAUGACAGUUCCUGCUACUCUCGGCAUACUAGGAUUUUGCCUCACGUUCGCUACACCCCUGGCUUGCGCAUUCUUUAAGCAGAAGGCCUCCAUUCCGUACAAUCAUUUAGAACCACAGCUUAGGGAGCAAAUACAGAAACAGUACGACGAACCUCCAACUGUGGUCUACUUCAAUAAAGGGCUUUAAAAACAGUUGUUCCAAAUUUUUAGGUUAAGUAGGAAUAUCUUCAACUGCCAUAUCUCGACAAAAAUUCAUUUGUUGCACAACAGAAACAUAAUUUUUGCAAUAUGUAAAACAAUCGGUCUUCCUGAAGACAAUAAAGCCCAGUAUAAUAAAACAUGAACUUGCAGUAAUUAACAAAAAUAUAAAAAAUGAGUCAUUUAGCACAGAAAUGUCCUAAAAUCUCGAAUAAAAAUUGAUGUUUUCCAAAA